CACAACAAUAAUACACACUCAACAAGAGUCGGCGCAUUUUCAAAAAUCUCAACUUUGGGCAGUCAAAAAAGAACAAAGAAAAACAUGAAUGGAGUGGUGGAUAAUGAAGAAGAAGGCAAAAAAGGGGUUAGUCUUGAAGAACUGAAGAAUAAAAUGGCUGAUUUUGCAAAAGAAAGAGACUGGGAUCAGUUUCAUACUCCAAGAAAUCUUCUUUUAGCACUGGUGGGUGAAGUGGGAGAACUGUCUGAAAUAUUUCAGUGGAAAGGUGAGGUCCCAAGAGGUCUACCAGAUUGGCAAGAGAAAGAGAAGCAGCAUUUAGGUGAAGAGCUAUCGGAUGUAUUGCUUUAUCUUGUCAGGCUUUCAGAUAUUUGUGGCAUUGAUCUUGGCAAUGCUGCACUAAGAAAACUGGAGCUAAAUGCCAUUAAAUACCCUGUUAGCCUUUCCAAAGGUUCAUCCAAAAAGCAUACUGUGUUGAACAAAACUACAACAACGACCUCCACCAAUGACAGUGAAAAUGGUGUGGCUGAUGAUGAACUGGAGAAGCAGAAGUGAGAAAAAGCUGAGCGGGAGGCUAAGACGUUAAAUGAGACUUUGAUAGAAAGUUCAAACGAGUAUUUUGAUAUGUCCUCUUUGCCUCCUGGUUAAAAGUUAAAACUACUCCCUUGGACAAAUGUUUUGAGAUUUGUUUAUAACAGUACUAGUACUAGUUGUUUAAGAUGGUGUUUGGAAAUGGUAAAUUGGUGACUCUCAGUAGUUAUUUUGCAUUCAAAA